UCGAUCAUGUCGGUCAUACCGGUGGUGUCACACCGGUUUUAUGACCGGUAUCGGUUAAAUUGCCAGAUUCAACCUGUGGCACACCGGUCGGCGAGACAUCCAUAAUCCUAACUUUUCUCUUUGAAAAACUGAUGGAGGAUUAAAAAGUGUAAGUAAUGAUUCAGAUUAAAAAAAAUUAGUUUAUGAGAUUUUAUAGUAAUUAUUAAUUUAUUAUAUUUAAAAAUGGACUUGCUCCCAAAGUUAUCACAAUCGCUUCUGUUCUCCAAAUUUCUUUUUUUUUUGGUAAGGUGUUCUCCAAAUUUCUAAUUGUGAGUGAGUUUAUUUUAUUUCAAAAUAAUCCACGUCAUAAUUUCAUGGGCUGGGCAUGUGUCAAGAUUAGAAAGCCAAAAUUGGAAUUUGUAUGGAAAAUGAGGCGUGGGUGGCAGUUAAUCCCCACUAACCCCUACUUUUAAGCUUAACCCUACCUCAUUUUCUUUCAUGUAUAAAAGCAUACUUCUGCCACUUUUAUUUGCUCCUACCACCUCCCUGCUCGAGUGUUCUAAUCAAAUAAUAACCUUGCCCUUCCUUCUACGAUAACCCCUGCUCAAAGACAUGCCUCUUCGUGCCUUAGUUGACUUGGGUAUUGAAGAUGUUGACUGUGGAGUUCAUGUUAGAGUGCUGCGCAAAUGGACUGUGAAGAAUAGAAGCACAAAAGAAGAUGUUUUUGUUAACAUGAUCAUUGUUGAUGCUUCGGGAUAUCAAAUGGAAAUUGUUAUUCAUAAGAUCUUGAUCCCAAGGUUUGCUCCACUCAUUAUGGAAGGCAGCGUGUACUAUUUCGGUCAGUUCUUGGUUCAGAGGAACACUACUAGCUUCCGUGUAACUGCACCGAAGUUUCGUAUCGUGCUCCUCCCUGAUUCGGUCUGUGAAGAAUUGGUGGAUUGUGCUGACAUUCCAAAGUUCAGCUUCCGUUUUCUGGAAACAGGCGGUUUUAAGGAUGCAUUUGAGGGCCAAGACUUCUUAUUUGAUUUAGCUGGAAAAAUGGUGCAAUGUGAUGCUACAGAACUCCUAUGUGAUGAGAUGGCUUCUAUCAAAAAGAAGAAUAUCCAAAUUCGCCUAAUUGAUGGUGAAAUUGUUAAGGUGAUUUUGUGGGACUCAUUGGUCGACCAGCUUGACAAUUACCUUGCCACUGAAUCUGAAAUUGGGACAGUGCUCACAAUCACUUCUGUUUAUGUGCAUAAAUACCAUGGAGAGUACUUUUUUUCCUCCUCAUGUGCCUCUAAGAUGCACUGCAAUCUGCACUAUCCUCCUGGCCAUCCUUUGCUCGAUUUUAGUACCAGUAGUGGUGUUCCUCGCAGUGAUGGUGAAAUCUGCCAGAGUCUGAUCGUACCAAGUUCUGUGAAAUCGAUGGAAGCUUUGAAUGCUGCUGGUCCCAUUUAGGUAUAGGCAAACCAUUUUCCACUUAUUUACUAAUGACCAUUUUGGAUUAUGUGAAGAAAUUUGGUUAACUUUAUGUGUUGACCCCAUUUUCCAAUUUUUUCCAGGGACUGACUUUCAAAAUACAAGCAGAGGUCACAGAAGUGAAUGCUUAUUGGUCUGAUCGACAAAAAGCUUUUAUAGUUCAACUCCUUGUGAAAGAUGGCAACAAUGGUUGUGCUUUAAUCUUCAAAAGCAAUGUCUUUUGGUCAGUCACAGACUCAAUUUUUGAGAGUGCAGCUCAGUUUCAGAGGUCAAGUUUCGAGGUCAACUUGAAGUCCUUGAGGGGCAAGAUGUUUCAGUUCCUGGUGAAAGUUGUGCCUCACUUUUAUAAACCUGGAGGAGUGCACUUUGAGGUUGUGAAAAUCUUCAGUGGCUGAAAGAACAUCAAGAAAUUAGUUUCAGUAGUAUUGUAAAUAGUCAUUUUUAUGCCCUUUGUCUUGAUAUUGUCAUGCUUUAUUUCAAAAAAAAAGUUAGUUUGAGAUGGUAACUAUUGCUCAUUUCAGUGAUUUGGUGAGUCAUUGUUGACUUUCUCUUGGUCAUAAUUUCAGUUUCAUUUAUUUGGAUUUGAUUUGGAUUGUGAACCAGUGUUGAUCAUCAUUCUAUUCGUUUGUUCAAGGCCAUACCUGGCGUUUUACACUUCUAAUCUUUCUUUUCUAUAUUGUGAAUAAUUGUUGGUCUUUAUUUGGUCUCAGUUGAGAAUGGCAUUGUCAUUCCUUUCUUAACAUUCAGCCCAAUCAAAAUAAGGCCCAAUAUUAAGAGCCGUACAAACAUACAUGCCUCUACAAUGAAAUUUCAAACUAUUC